AUGAAGAGGGAGAUUAUUUUGACGAUUAAAGGUAAGGAAUUUGGAAGUAUGUUUAAGAAGAUAGAGAGAUGUAUUUGAUAUAUGAUAAUUAUUUUAGUGGAGAAGGAUAAUAUAAUUAGCUAGGAGAAAAGGAUGGAAAAUGGAUUCAGUCGAGCUCAGGAUAUUGGGAUUUCUCCUAAGUCAUUGAUUGUGGCUUUUAUAAAAAUGGAAAAAAAAUUGGCAAAUGGGAUAUCUUGUAUAGGAAGAAAGGGAAGGAAUAGUUUUAAUAUCGGUAAAAUGUAUAAAUAACAUUAUAUAGAGGAGGUGGGGGAUAAUAUGAUGAACAAGGCUCUAAGAAAAUUGGAAAAUGGAUUCACUGAGAUAAGUUAAUUUAUAUAAUAAUGCCAUUUGAGUAAUUAUUGA